AUGGGACAGAUAGCGGUAAUGGAUUCUGAGACAUGUCGUGAAAAGGGCCGGCUGCUUGCGUGGUCCGACGAUGACCCCAGCACCGGUGAACAGCCACGUAGAGUAAGCCAGCGACUUUGGGCGCCUUGUAUCAUCACGGUACUUGCGUUUUCGAACCUUCUUCUCGCCGCUCUCUGCGUGUGCCUCAUGCUGCGAGUAGGUGGCCAACCUGCACCAGAAACUGCACCACACACCGUUGCAACCUCCGGGCCCUCGUGGCUUCCACCACAAAAAUCACAGACAUUUUCUAAUACUAGCUGUGCUGCAGUACCGAUGAAGAAGACGCUCAACUCCGAACCGAUAUAUGGAGGCCCGAUUACGAAUGAGAGCAAGGAGGCUUGGGAUGCAUUGAUGCCGCGUAUGUUCCCGACACCUGGUUCUGAAUCGAAAGAUCUGACAUGUACGCCAGACGGCCGCGGUUUUGUUAUCAUCAAGAAUGAGACGGCUGUUCCUGAGAUGCCAAAGUUCAAUGCGACCAUGAGUGAGUAUAAGGGAGUAAUUUCGGUCUUCCACCAGCUCCAUUGCGUGUGGGCUACUCGGGAGGCCUUCUUUCGGUUACUGCGCGAUGGCAAUUCGACUGAGAUCGACCUUGAACACCUUGGUCAUUGCUGGGACUUUGUCAGACAAGCCAUCCAGUGUCGUGCUGACACCACCAUCGAGUGGCAGGUGUCAGAUGAGCUCUCUGGAAGCCUGGGAUGGGGCUACCAACAUCAGUGCUAUGAUUAUGACGCCCUGCUUGCCUGGGCUGAAGAGCGCAGGUGGGGUGAUGAACAGAGUAUUCACUAA